AUGGCUUUGCAGUCCUUUCACCUUAUAAUGGAUCUUCCACCCGAGAUUCGUCAUGAGAUUUAUUUUUUGGCCACACCAGACCGUGUCGUUCACGUCCAACAUUCAUACCCACAGUUUGAUAAUUAUAACACAAAAGGGCCUUUCUCAUGCAGUGCCCUUAUUCCUCCUCUACUACACAUGUGUUCCGAAUCCCGGGACUUGCUGACAAAAACGGGCUACAAGCUGGUUUUUCGGGACCAAACAACCGGGCGGCGAUUCUGGUUCAACUUCAAAAGAGAUACCCUGUUUAUCGACCGAGGGGCACUGUUCAAGAUAUACGAGGGAAUUAACCCGUUCCCCUGUAGAGAUACCCAAAGAGUUCACAGAAUAGGCUACGAGAGGGGGGACCUGGGCCUGCAUGAACAUGGUAUCAAGUUUGUUCUUCAGAAUUUUGGGGAGCUUCAAGAAGUCUUUCUCAUCGAGUGGACUGGAAGGGCGAUAGAAACCCGCAAAGAAUACCGCAAGCCUGGGUUCAAGUCCGGUAGCCAAUAUUUCCGCGACGUUAUUCCACAGAGACACAGCUACGAUACUAGGAACCUCUGCAAGUUUGUGGAGAUCCAAAAGAUUGAUGGGCAUCUCUGUUUUAUUCGUCGCUUUGAUAAUUUUUAUAUUCGGAGCCCUCAGUCAUGGUGGCCGGGCCGUUGGUGGAACUCCCUGGGCCUUCUUCCUCCGGCGACUAUACCAAAAGACACAGAUCUUGUCAAGUAUUUCAGCGAGCCUUACGAGAAAUGGGAAUCUGUUGAUCACCCACGAAAACAUUUAGAGGCAAGCUUCGCGACAUACUGGGCCGAGUUGGGGCUGCCAAGCGAGAAGCUACCCAAGAUCAAACCCGUGCACCUACUCACCGACGCCGAACACCAAGCGAUCCAACGAGAACGACGCACCGGUUUCAGAAUUCUUCAAAUAAAGUUCCAUUUAAAGAAGUAUUGUGGAUUGACUGAGAACAAUCAUGUUAGGCUUAUUAGGAAACGGUAUUAA